AUGCCCGUUCCCAUGCCCCAACACGCUGUCAACCCGCAGUAUAUGCCCACCCAGCGCGCGAUGGCACAUCCCAACGAAGGUGCUCUUCGUCGCAGCCGCAAGCCGACCGACAGGAACAUCCCCGACGGAAUCGAAGACGUGGUCAUUGGCGAAGGUGUCCAGCAGUACAAGAGCCUUCGCGAUGUAGAAAAGCGAUUGGAUGCAGCCAUUGUCCGCAAAAGACUGGACAUUCAAGAUUCGGUCAGCCGGACCAGCAAGAAGUACCGGACCAUGCGCAUCUGGAUCUCUAAUACUGCCGAGAGCCAACCGUGGCAGGGCCCUGGCAACAACCCAGGCUCGGGCCGAUAUAAGGUGCGCAUCGAGGGACGUCUUCUAGAUGAUGAGAACGACCCCACGGUUCCGCCAGCCGGUGAGAAGGAGAGCGAGAAAGCUGGUGGUGAUGAUGCGAUGGAGCAGGAUGAAGCCGAAGCAGACAAGUCGAAAAAGACCGCGUCCACAAAACAGACUCAGCGCUUUUCGCAUUUUUUCAAGUCCAUCACGGUUGACUUUGACAAGCCAGCCACCGCCAUCCCCGAGGAAGUUAAGCCAGUUACCUGGGCCAAGCCGCAGGUGCCCCCCAAUACGACAGCACCACCAAAUGCGGAGUUUGAUAGCAUCCAGUUCUCGCGAGCAUCGCAAGAGAAUCUAAAUGUUACCAUCAGCCUCGUGCGGGAUGAAACCCCGGAACGGUACAAGCUGAGCCGCGAGCUGGCCGAGGUGCUAGAUGUUGAGGAGGAGACUCGGAGUGGGAUUGUGCUUGGAAUCUGGGACUACAUCCGUGCGAUGGGACUGCAGGAGGAUGAAGAGAAGCGCCAAGUGCGCAUCGGCCCACACACCAGCCCCAUGGAGCCGAUCAAGUUGCCCUACACCAUUCGCGUCGACGAAGAGUUCCACAAUGACGCGACCCCAACCGUCUAUGACAUCCAGGUCGCCGUGGAAGACCCCCUGCGCACCAAGAUGAUGGCUCUUACCCAGAACCCGCAGUAUGCCGCCGGCAUGCGCCAGAUUGCCUCGCUAGACGACCAGGUCGCGCUCAUCGUGCAGGCGCUCACCCACUCGCGUGCCCGCCACUCUUUCUACACUGCCCUAAGCAAGGACCCGGCUAACUUUGUCCGCCGCUGGAUCAACUCCCAACGUCGCGAUCUCGAGACCAUCCUUGGCGAGGCUGGUCGCGGUGGCGGUGAGGAUGGUAAUGCACCUGAGUUCCGUCAUGGCGGCACUGACAGCCCUUGGGAUACGGUUGUGGCUCAGGAGGCCGUGCGUUAUAUGCUGGCUAAGCCAGAAGCCUCUUCUGCGCGGUAG